AUGGGCGUCCUACACAAGCCCGGCCUCGCUAUUCUGAGCAUUCUCUUGUUGCUCACAUCGGUGAUCUACUCUGCCCCAACCGAGUCUCUCAACCAACUCUACGCCCGAGACAACCUGCCCGAUGCGAUCGCCAACUGGGAUGUCUGGCAGAAAUACACGGACUAUAUCAACAAGCAUAAACCCAAAGACAUCCGGACACCCGAUGACGUUCCAUUUGGGAAUUGCAAACCCCAGGAGGGUUAUUGUAAUUCCUACGUCGAGAAUUGUGAGGAGGAUCGGGCUGAUAAGGUCGAGUACCAUAUGGAGACAAAGAUCGGCUACUCAGAUGGGGGAGACAUAUGGGAUGGCACUAUGACUUCGGAGGGCCAGAAGGCGAACGUCAUGAUAUCCAACUCGACCAACUAUCCCGGUCGCAUCCUCCAGAGCGCGGAGCUCCAACGUCUCAUCAAAAGCCCUCGUGUGCACGGUAUAGAUGAUUGGUUUUAUGACAUCCACCGCAAAACCGCCUAUCAGAUCAUGCCCCAGAUCCCAGGCGAUAUGCUGGGGGUUCCGGACACGGCCAAGGAGCUGGCAAAGGACCCGAGCAAGGUGAACCAGGCAAUAAUCCAAGUGCUGGAAGGGGUGCAGGCGAUCCAUCGGACCAAGGUCAACAGAUACGCCAUCUGGCAUGGCAAUCUCACCCUCUACAACGUCCUGGACAUGGGAGACGACCAGUAUCAGCUUUGGUUUUUCCACACAGCUACAAGUGAGCCCUCGUCGACCGAUUACUGGAUCGGUAAACCGGGUCAUAUGGCUCCCGAGAAGGUGAAACUACAACCAUUCGGUAGGAAAGUUGACUGGUGGGCUGUAAUGUGGAUGUGGCUUCAACUCUCUUACUACGAUCAGCUUUCGGACGAGACCAAGCUCUUGGACUUGUGGAAAGCCUUAGUCGGGGAGGGCACGAAAUUGUUGACUCCGGACGAGACAAGAGAUGUCUUGAGAAAGAAGAUUCCAGACUUGGCAAAGGAUGAUGAUGAGAAUAAAGAUAAGGUCAAUCUGGCAGCCAUUUCUCUUUGCGGUGACCCAAAAGAACGCGCGAGUGUGGGAGAAGCGCUGAGAAAACUCAAGGCGCUCAAAAUAGCGACUGCAAAGAGGCCUGCCAACUAA